AUGCACACCACCUCCGCCCUCUUCGCCGUCGUCUGUGCUACCGUCGCUGCCGCGAUGCCCAGCAACCUCACCCUACGCGACGGGAAUGGCCAGUGCGCCACCGGCACGCUGUCCUGCUGCGACAACGCCCUCUCUGCUCACGACGCCCAGGGCCCUCUCGGCCAGCUCGGCCUCGGCGACCUCCUGAACGGAAUCUCGGGCCAGAUCGGCGUGCAGUGCAACCCCAUCACCGUAAUCGGUACCGGUCAGGGCGCGACAUGCACCCAGGAGCCUUUGUGCUGCGACAACAACAACUACAAUGGCCUCAUCAGCUUGGGCUGCUCGCCCAUCAAUGUCGCUGCCUGAAGGCGGGCUCGGCGAUGAGGAUACCUGAGUUAGAUCGCGGCAGAGAAGUGGGGAGGUGUAGAUGAUGCCUGGAUCUGUCGACGUUGUUUCAAUGCGAGAUGAGCCUGAUAAUCGCGUCUGUUUUGCUUCAUCCUCUCCCUUCCCCAACCAUGUGCA